CCACAACAACAAGAAGCUUGAAAAACAAGGAAGUGGCUGAUUGUGUGAAGCCCCGUAAGCUGAAAUAAGGCCGAGACAAGACACACAGCUCCCGUUCCAAGAACAAAAAAGCAUCCAGGACUCCUUUGCCUCCGGAUUUCUCCGCAACGAUGAACAACAAAGGUUCGUAUCCACAGCAGGCUGUGUACCCUCCGCAGAGCACCGCACCUGUAUACCCUCCUGCUAUGCAAAUGUCUCCUCAGGCACCUCCUUACACAGACACACCACCUGCAUAUUCUGAGAUAUACCAGCCCAGAUAUGUGCUUCCACCUCAGGUGCCUGGCCAGGUGCCUCAGAUGUCCUCUCACUACCCUGGCGCUCAGGUGUUCAUGCCCAUGCAGCCACACAUGCCGGUCGGGGCGGUGGGUCAGAACGUCCCCAUGGCUUACUACCCCAUGGGGGCCGUUUACCCGCACGGCUCAACGGUGAUGGUGGAGGGCGGCUUCGACGCCGGGGCUCGCUUCACGGCCGGCAGCAGCGUCUCCAUCCCACCACCGCCUCCCGGCCACCCCCCCAACGCCGCUCAGCUGGCUGCCAUGCAGGGCGCCAACGUUGUAAUGACACAGCGCAAGAAUAACUUCUUCCUGGGCGGAUCCAGUGGAGGUUAUACCAUCUGGUAACAGCAACUUCAUGCCUAAACCGAGCCGCCCCUCCUACAUUAUGUCCCAGUUCUUCCCCCAUCCCGUACGGCUCCCUCUUCAGGCUGCUUGGCCAUGCCACAAUACUGAUAUCACCUAACGGAAUGUAAUAUUUUAGAGCCCUUGUGAAAGGUACAGUACUCCACUUCUGACCUAGAGAUCCAACGCUAAAUGCCACUGCCUGGAGAGGACAAACGCUAAAUUUUAAAAGGUUGUAGAAUCCAUCCCACAAUUCCUCAUUGGGUCGAACCUCCGCGGUCAUUCCAGAUUGGACUUGGACUCCUCCAGGCAUCCGUAUUUGUUGUGGAGACCCGGCCUCCUUCUGAUCCAACGGUCGCCAAUUACAUCGGAAAUGUUCUUGUAUUCCUGUAAAAGCUACGUAAAUGAAAUGUUCAAAUAUCAGACCCGCGUUAUCUAGUUUAGCUGCUUUAUAGUGAAAGUGAAACGCAGUUACAAAGUUCAAGCGCAGAAGAAAAAAAAAAGAAGAAGAAUCUCCACGUGUCAUUUUUUUGAAAUCUCUUAGUGUAGUUGAAAUUAAUAGGUGUGUAAUAGUUCCAUGUAAAUACCAGUAUGAUGAUUUAAAAAAAAAAAAAAAAGAAAAAAAUCAGCAUCCUGGAUGCUUUUAGUUAGAAUUGUCUUGUCUUUUGCACAGUAUCCAAAAUACCAUGACAAAUCUCUUGCACAGAGCUGUCUAUCUGACGGCGUUGUAUUUAAAUCACGUAUAAAUUUAAUAAAUGAGAGCAAAAAAAAAGAGAGAAAAAAGAAAACUCAAAAUGAGAUUUAAUGCAAUAUCUAAAGUGGUUUACUGUACCUUGUUGGGCAACUUGUAGAUGAGCAUAGUGAAGUGCCAAAGAGCACUGGGGAUAGCCCUAAAAUUAAA